CAUCCUAUUAAGAGACUCUCAGGUUUUCGUAUUUCUGAAAUCAUAAUGAAUAAUGCCAAACCUGUUGUUUCUAUUCAACAUGUACCCUUUUUUCUACUCUUCUUGCUAGCCAUUUCUUCACUCUCAACUUUAUGUGAGGGUAAGAUUACGCAAGGAUUUGAUUUUCUUCAACACCUGCAAGGAUGCCACAAAGGUCAGACUGUACCAGGAUUGCAUGAACUGAAAACAUAUCUGAAGAAAUUUGGGUACGUAAAUGCUCAGGAUGAUCUCUACGAACAUGCAGAAGAUGAUGAUUUUGAUGAAGUCUUAGAGUCCCAAAUCAGAACUUACCAACUCAAUUAUCACUUAGAUCCCACUGGGACUUUAGAUGCUCAAACAGUCAGACAAAUGAUGACGCCUCGAUGCGGGUGUGAAGACACUAUAAGAGCUACGAUUCCCGCGAGAUCAUGGAAUGGGAAACAUAGUACUGAUGGAGGACAAAGAAGCAGAAUAGACCUCAAUGUGUCAGAUUUUACCUUCUUUCCUGGGGCACCGAGAUGGUCAAAAACUGAACUCACUUACGGGUAUAGUUCUUCUGCCUCAGACAUUGACGCCGGAACCUUCAACUAUGUCGUUGAAAGUGCUUUAGCGAAAUGGGCAGCUGUGAGCGGCUUCAGUUUCGAGGAAGCCUCUAGUACUAAUAGCGAUGUAGUAUUUGGAGUGCACAGAUAUGAGCAUGGUGAUGGUGCCCCCUUUGAUGGCAAAGGUGGCGUACUUGCUCAUGCUUUUGCACCUUCCAUAGGAUGGUGUCAUUUUGAUGCAGACGAGAACUGGAGUACUAAUCCAGGUCCACGAGAAUUUGACCUAGAAACAGCAACUAUACAUGAGAUGGGACAUGUGUUAGGGCUAGGGCAUUCAUAUGAGCCCAAUGCAAUCAUGUAUCCUUAUAUGCCACCAGGAACGGAGAAGAGGGAUUUGCAUGAAAAUGAUAUCCAAGGAAUACAAGCUUUGUACAGUCUUUCCGCUUGAUUGAGAACUUAUAAGAUGGGAGGAUAAAAAGACUUGGUAAUAAAUUCAGUGAAGAAGUCGAGACUUCUUCAUUGAUUAAAAACCUAGAGGAUGGGAUUAUAAUAAAGCAAGCAAUAAAUAAUUCAGUGAUAAGAAUUGCUGGAUACGUUUGUGGUUAAGUUAGAUUGUGUAUCAUGAAUAAAAAGGUUUUUUUUUUUUUUUU